CUGAUUCUCGGCUCGGGGCUGGGCUGUACCAACGCGCCUACUGAGAGAGCCCACAGAUACCUCCCGCCGCCAGGGGGCGCGCGCGACCUUUGUGCCACUCUGGGCCUCAAUUCUGGCAGUGAGUAGAUAUCCCAGAGUUCCGCUCGGCGUGGGUCCUUCCGCUGCCGCAGCCAUUGAAGAGCACCAGCCAUGGCUCUACGCUACCCCAUGGCCGUGGGCCUCAAUAAGGGCCACAAGGUGACCAAGAACGUGAGCAAACCGAGGCACAGCCGCCGCCGCGGGCGCCUCACCAAGCACACCAAGUUUGUGCGGGACAUGAUCCGGGAGGUGUGUGGCUUUGCCCCCUAUGAGCGGCGUGCCAUGGAACUGCUCAAGGUCUCCAAGGACAAACGGGCCCUCAAGUUCAUCAAGAAAAGGGUGGGAACACACAUCCGAGCCAAGAGGAAGCGCGAGGAGCUGAGCAAUGUGCUGGCCGCCAUGAGGAAAGCAGCUGCCAAGAAGGACUGAGCCCCUCCUCUGUGCGGAAUAAACCUUUGCAGAAAGUUC